CAUCAUGAAAAGGAGGAAGCCCAAACUGAAAUGAGUUAAGAAGUUAAGAACUUUGUCUCCAAGAGAGGACUGUGGCUUGGCCCUGAGUUGAGCACCAUGAAGAAGAACAAGAGGAACCCUACCACAAGGAUCAAUGAGCGAGAUGCCAUCUCUAUCCCAACCUCCCAGGAUCCAAGAAAUCUUCAAAAUAUGUUGGAUGGAGGAGAGUAUGCCCCUUUUGUAUCUCCUCCCAUAUUAGAGAGCAACUUUAUCCAGGUUAACAGGAGAGGUGAAUCCAUUUACCUUCAUAACCGAGCCAACUGGGUGACUGUAGGCAUCUGCUCUUCCAGUGAAACCCGCAAGACCCCCAACGUGAUGCUUCUGGCACAUCUGACACCUGAAGCUCAGAAAAAUACAAAAUCCCUGUUUCAAAGUCUCCUGACAUCUCCUUCACCGCAGAACCUGGUGCUCACCAGGUUCCUCCCUCUGCAGUUUGUGACCCUUUCUGUGCACGAUGCUGAGAACAUGCGUCUCAAAGUAAAGCUGGUGAGUGGUCGAGCCUACUACCUACAGCUCUGCGCCCCUGCGUGUAAACAAGACAUGCUCUUUUGUCAGUGGGUGGAACUCAUUUCCCUCUUGAAUGAGGAAAAAGCCAAAGUUUCCAAAUUGUCAGAAGUCUCAAGCCUCUCAGAAAUCACGAAUAGCACCGACAUCACGGGCUCGGGGGACAUCAUGGAUAUUGCAGCCUCCACAACCCUACAGAGCCCAACCUUGUGCUUGUGUUCAGAACCUGUACACGCCGUAGAAAGCACUGAUUUCUCAGGUUUCACCGAUGUCACCGACGUCACUGAUGUCACCGACGUCACAGAUGUUCCAGAAAAUGAGGACACAGAGGCCCCAGAUAUAAAUAUUGUCACAGAAGUCACAGAAGUCACAGACCUCUGUGAUGACCCAAACUGCUCGGAGGUCACAGUGGUGUUUGAAAAUGAUGACAUACUAAGGGCCAAGCAAGAGGAAAAGGAAAAAAUGGGAAACACUCUGAAGCCUGGGUGUCUACGAGAUACAAAAAUUAAGAACGAGUUCAGAGAAUCCUCAAAACACGUCACCAUCUCAAAUGUAACGCUGACUUUCCAAGGUGAACGAUGUUUUCAUACUACCUUGACUCAAGAAGAAAGUGACACGAGUUCAUCCAACCAGCUGAGCGCCGGAUCCUCCGAAAUAAGGACAACUGAAUUUAAAAGCCUAGCUCUCAAGGCUGAAGAAUCCAGGAGCAUGAGAACUGACUCAGUCACCUCAGAGGAAUGGAUGUGAGGAAAGGAAAGUAAAACAGGAAAAGGCCAAUGGAAAAAAAC